CCACGCGAUUUCUUCCACUUUAUGACCAAGGCCCUCGUCCUCAAUUUGCUCUCAACUUCCGGCAUACCACACAUCACUUUUAUUCUAUGCCAGGCGGUGCCGCACACAUACACGCGACUCGUUAAGCAGCAUCCUCAACUUACCUGGCUUGCGCUUUUUCUUUCUCGGCCUCUUGUCUUUCCUCGCCUCAGAUUUAGGCACUUCUCUCCGCUUGGGUCCGCAGUCCCCCGUCCUCUUAUCAACAUCUGCCGCCAGAAACAAUGGAGCCUAGCGCACCCUCGGAAGACAACAGUGCCAAGUUUCGAGCAUCCUUGGAUGAACUUAUUAAGCAAGCUACCGCUAAGGAUGCCAUCAAGGAUUUUAACGCCGCCGCCGAGCUAUAUUCCGAGGCCACGGAACUUCAGGCCAUGAUAAACGGAGAAUUGGCUCUCGACAAUGCCGACUUACUAUAUGCCUACGGCAAAGCUCUAUACAACGUUGCUGUCAGCAAAAGCGAUGUGCUUGGAUCGAAAGUAGCUGGAGAGCCCCAUGCACAACCAAGUAACGCGCCUGUUGAGAGACCAUCCGCUGGAUCGACAUCAAUCACGGGAAUUGUUCAAAAGGCAGCUGCCCAGAGCCCAGCUAAAGAGCUAUCAGAGGCCCAAGAGACAAAGGCUGGAGAUGUUCCAGCCAAGCCAUACUUUCAAUUCACAGGCGAUGAAAAUUUCGAGGAUUCAGAUUCUGAAGACGAUGCCGAUGGCGAGGAAGCUGCCGCCGAUGACGAAGAUGAUUUUGCCAACGCCUUUGAAGUUCUUGACCUGGCACGCAUACUAUAUCACAAAAAGGUGAACGCAAUAGAGGAGAAAUCUGCAAAAGGGAAAUCUACAGAUCUAUCCUUGGACCUCAAGCAUGUCAGAGAACGUCUCGCGGACACCUAUGAUCUACAAGCAGAGAUCUCGUUGGAAGCGGAGAGAUUCCUAGAUGCGGUGACGGACUUGAGGACUGCUCUUGAAUUAAGGCAGUCUCUCUUUCCAAUGGAAGACCCUUGUGUUGCCGAAUGUCACUAUAAGCUAUCGCUUGCCCUAGAAUUUGGGUCUGUCAAUAAUGGGAAUGAUGAUGCUCAAGAGGACAGUGGUAACCAGGGCCAGGUUGAUGAGGAAAUGAGAAAGGAAGCUGCAACACAAAUGGAAAAGGCCAUUGAAAGCUGCCGGUUGAGGAUGAGUCAAGAACAAAAAAAGCUGGACGACGAUAGUUCCCUGGAAGAAGACAAGGUGACCGCUAUGAAGAGAAGAAUAGCAAAUGUUAAAGAGAUAAUAGCAGACAUGGAGCAAAGGCUUACCGAUCUCCGACGUCCACCAGUAUCCACUGCCGAUUAUGGUGAUAGAAACGACACUAUGUUGAAUGGUAUCUUGGGUCAAAUCGUGGGACAAUCCCCGUCCCAGCAAAAGGCCCGGCUUGAUGCUGUCGCCAGAGAGGCGAAUGACCUUUCUGCAUUUAUCAAAAGAAAGCCUUCAGCCAACAAACCAUCCCAGAAGAGUGAUACUCCGGCAAAACGAUCGGCUCAGGGGGAACCUGAGGGCAGUGACGUAAAAAAACCCCGACUGAAUGACACAGGCGAUGAGCGUCGAUGAUUAUCGUACAUUGAUUAGUUACAAAGGGACCUCGAAUUGUUAUUUCUCUUUAUGUUUUGUCCAACAUCGUUUGUGGCACCUAGGACGAAGGGUCUAACA